UCCUUCGCGGCCCUGCCGCCCAGAGACUGAGUCAUCUCUGUAGAUAACCAGAAAAACAGGGAUGCCUCCAUCGUGCCCUCCUCACCACUGAAUUUCCGGAACCCUGUUGGUCCCGGUCAAUCUGAACGCACCACUCGCAUAAUGUUCCCCCUCUUUCGUUUCGAUGCCCUUCCGAUCGCUGUUGCCCUGCUAGCGCUGGUAGGACUCGGUGUAUACAAGUUGAGACAACGAUCCUCGCGCGUCCAUUCGCCGAAUCGCGGUCAAGCAGGUGUUGGAAAGGCCCGUACGCAGGACAGGGAACCCGGAGUAUGGGAACCUGCAGUGUUUGAUUACCCUCAGGUCGAGCCAUGCACCGAUGACCUGAACACGAUCAAGCCGAUCCCAUAUCGGCCCUUCCGAUGGGGAGAAUACCAGUACGCUCCAAACAUGUCCUGGAACGAAUGGAUAGAGAUCGACCAGAACUUCGUGGCUCACCACCGGUUGAGGGAGCAUCGCAUUCGUACGCGCGGCGAGCGGGUGGUCAGAGUACACGAUGCCCAGCCUGGGGUGGUUAGUUCAGGCCGCGAUGCAGCUCGCGAACUCGUCUACGAGCUCGCCGAGUAUUGUCAAGACGAUACCCGAAUUUUUACCAUGUCACACGAAGGGCACGAGCGAAAGGGCGGCUUUAGUUGGUACGGCGAAGGCCAGAUCCAAACGAUCACAGUCGUGCCGCUGCAAGUCACAUACGAUCUGGAGAAAGAGGACGCGAUGACACUUUCCGCCCUGCUAGGAUCUGGCAUCAUGAUCGAAGCAGGAGCGAUCAUCAUCCCUGGGUCCUGGAGGCUGAGCGACAAGAUCGGGAUGCCGCUAGACGAGAUUCACGUCACCGGGCACGUCCCACAGUACCAAAGCAAGCUGCACCUCAGCAUGUCGCGCUUCUUCCGGCGGCUCGCGCUCGACAAGCCCGUCGUCCGGAACAACUACUCCUUCCAGCUCGUCGGCCUCCCCCCCUGCCCGGACCCCGAGGUCGUGCUCGACCCGACGGAGCUCGCGUGGUGCCGCACGGUCCACGGCGACGAGGACCGCGACGACUUCGAGCGGCGGCAGAGCUCCGUCGCGCCCCCCGCGGAGGCGGCGGGCACCGCGCCCAGGCAGACGUUGAGGCGGCUCCCGCGGACGGGUGCGAUCGCGUUCACGAUCCGGGUGCUGGCGAGCGCGGCGAGGGGGUGGUCGGAGGACGUUGCGCAGUGCGUGUUAUUUGCCUUUGGUGCGGAGCUUGCGGGGGUGCUGAUGGUUGGGUAUAAGGACGUCUUGCCGUACCUGGAUGAGCGCCAUAAAGAGCAGGUGGAGGCGGGACUU